GCGCUUCAGAUCCUCUAGCAGACAGACAGACCUCAAGAGACAAUGGCCAGCAAGGGAACGUCGCUCUGGCGCAUGGCGGGUGUGUCGUACCUGCAGUACGUGAACAAGUCGGCUGGUGUGCUGCGCGCGGCCCUCAAGGAGCCCGUCAAGAGCACGGUCGAGGCCCGCUCCAACGUCGAGUUCGCCGGCUUCAAGUGGGCCAACGGCGAGCGUGGCGAGCGCGUGGACAUCGACUCGAUCAAGACGAUCGCCGAGGCCUUCAAGAAGGCGUAAGCGUCUGCUGUCGAUAGCGAGGACGUUGGUCGACGUUGACCAGCCCCAAGAUUCCCAAGGAAAAACGCAUAGCGUCAAUGGAGUGAGAAGGAGGAGCGGAGAGUGAGAGAACCCACUCUGGCCCUUCCUUUGUUUUUGACGGUUAACUAAAUGCUUUGAACGGCUCUUUGUGGCCCGAUAUGUUUCCGACGUCCC